AUGGCUCCGAAGCGCUCCAAGAGAAGGGUGGUGGGUGUCGUCCGGUCGACCAGAAAAGUCGUCAAGGAAACCGUCCAGGUUUCCUUCCUCUCCGGCGACGGAGACACCCAGGAAGACGUCGACGACGCCACGCAAGACGACAUCAACAACCUCGUCGACAGCCAAGAAACCAUCGACGUCGACCUCACCCCCGUCGACCAGCCGAUAGUCGUCGAACGACAAGAAGAGACCACCACCGUCCGAACCAUCCCCGUCGAGGAAGUAGUCACCCCGGACGUCGCCGAAGUCCAAAGACACAACAAACCACCAUCCCCAAAAGAGCCCGCCGCCGCUGCAAGCGGCUUGUCCGAAGAAGCCACACAAACACAACAAACGGAAGAAGCGGAGAAAGGCACGGUGGAAGAAGGAGGCGGCGGCGAGAAGAAGGCGAAGAAGAGGAAGCGGAGAGGCGGCGGCGGAAGAGGAGGAGGGGUGGAAGGGGAAGGGUACGGGAGGUAUGUUUACAAGGUGAUGAAGGAGGUGCAUCCGGAGAUGAGGAUAUCGGCGAUGGCCAUGAGCAUCGUGAACAGCCUGAUGAAGGACAUGUUCGAGCGGAUCGCCGACGAGGCCGCCACCCUGACGUCGCGGGUGUCGCGGAAGCAGACGAUGUCGUUUCGGGAGGUGCAGGACGCGGUGAGGCUGAUCCUCCCCGGUGACCUCGGGAAGCAUGCCGUUGCGGAGGGGUCCAAGGCGGUGGCCAAGUACGCCGCGUAUCAGAAGAAGAACGAGACCGCCGCCACCGCCGCCAAGGGCAAGUGA